UUGUCCUGGUACGCAAAAUGCGACCGAGGCCACAUGUUUCCGCGGUCAGCGCCUUCGAAUCAAAAGCCGAUUGAAAAAUUGAUAGCAACCUAAAAGCUUCAUUGUACAGAAACUGGAGCUCUAGAUAGAGAAGAAGUGAUCUCUGAGGCACAAAAUUCUUCAAUGGAAGAUCUCAGAUCCAGGUCAUAUGGCGAUGGAAGAAUGCAAAUACAACGUCACCAUGGUAAUGGAGCGCUGGGUCCCUCUUCUUUUUCAGGCGGCAGUAACAUGCAAGAUCUCAGAUGCUACAGUGCCUCCUACGCAUCCUCCGUCUACCCAACUCAAUCCCAGAUUCAAACCCAGAUGGGCAGUAACGAUUUCAAAUUCAAAAAGGGCAAGUCCGCAAAUGGGUCUAUUUCCAAAGCCUGGAGUUUGAACGAUCCGGAGCUGCAAAGAAAGAAGAGAGUUGCUAGCUAUAAGCUUUACACUGUAGAAGGGAAAGUUAAAGGGUCUUUCAAGAAGAGUUUUAGGUGGCUCAAGGAAAGGUACUCUAGAGCUGUUAACGGCUGGUGGUGACUGCUGAAUCUUGACCUCUGUUCUGUUAUCCUCUCUUUUCUGUUUGUUUGGCUUCUAAGUUGUGUAUUGUGCUGUGUUGCUGUUUUAAGUGUAUGAUAGCUUUAUAGUAUCAAAGUUCUUCAAUUAAUUGCGAUAAUGAAUAAUUCUUCGCUCUAAUUUGGGUAUCCGAAUAUUCUUAUUUAUUCUUC